AGCUACAUAUAGUCCAUGUCUCUAUCGAAGUGCUUAGUUGGGCUCAAUGGUUCGCCGUGAAUUCAAUCAACAAGAGAAAAUGUUUCUUUGGAUUCUGUUUCUCGUGACUACCACUGCAUCUGCUCCGGCGGAAGAAUAUCGAGCUAUAGUCAACGAAGGAGAAUUCGUUGAUGAUGCUUCAGUUAUGAAGAUCGUACCUUCGGGCUUUUCGCCUCAGAAGAAUGAUUAUUUUAUUAAACCUGCUUUGGCUGAAGUUGUAAAUAAGGAUAAAUCAAGCUACAAGCGUAUGCUCGACAUUUUGAAAAAAGGUCAUACAAAACUUGGGUUGACCUUCAAUAUUUAUGAUGAUAACAUGAGAGAGGCUACCGUUGCAUUAUAUCGCCUGCUGCUGGAUGUAGAUGAUGACAAGUUUGACGCCAUUGAACGAUGGGCCAGAGUUAACAUCAAUAAAGACAUGUUUGACUACGCUUGGCGAUUAGCAUCUCUCUACGGUAACAAAUUUAAGAAAGAAGAAAUGUUACCUCCAUUUAUUAAGAAACCUAACUAUUUUAUUAACAGUGAAGCAAUGUGGAAAGCAAUGCACUUAAAACUAGGCAACGGUAUGUUUAACGAUGAAGACGCCAAACUUAACCAAUACUAUAGAACUGAUGAUGUACUAUCGAUUAAUACUAACUAUUCCGGUUGGAACUUGCCGCAAAAUGGUUGUGAUCGAGAAAUAAAUUAUUUCAAGGAAGAUAUUGCUCUUAAUAGCUACUAUUACGGAGUACAUUUAUUGCAUCCAUUUUGGAUGAGCAACGAUGAAUUAGAUUUGCUUAACCCACGCCACGCUGAACAUUAUUAUUUUACACACAAACAACUGAUGGCACGUUACCAACUUGAAAAGGAGCAUCUCAAUAAGGAUUGUAAUGAAACGUGCGAUAUAAACUUAAAUAGUUACGAUUCCUACCUCAUGCAUGACUAUGGCCUACCAUUCCCUAUUAAAUCAUCUACUAAGGUAUGGAAUGACGGCAGAGCUCGCCUGAAGUCGAUUGACAUUGCGAUAAGAGAAUGCAUUUCUCGAGGACUAUUAGUGGAUAGUAAUGGUACAAGCGUUUCCAUAGCGGGAGAGUACAACAUAGAUCUAUUAUCCAAAUUGGUUCGUGCUAAUCUAGAUAGCCUCAAAUCUGUGAAGAUCAUCCGAUCGAUUUAUGGUUACGGCGGCAAUGGAUACCCCAUCGACUGGUAUAACCCAGCCCCGUCAGUGAUGCACUUUCCCCAUACCUCACUGAGAGACCACACGUACUGGCAUCUUAUUAAAAGCCUGUUGGAAUAUUUUACGGAAUACAGGAAAACGUUAGACAACUUCGACUUAGCUCAAUACCAGAACAAAAAUUUAGCUAUAAUUGAUAAUCAUUUCACAAACAUUACAACAUACUUCGAUUACUACAAAUUCAGUUUAAAUAGGGGAUUAGGAGGUGGCAAUUUACAAUCACCCCUAGUAAUUACCGCGAGGCAAAGGAGAUUGAAUCAUUUGCCAUUCAUGCUCAACUUUACGCUUGACUCAACAAUCGAAUCGGAAGUUAUUGUACGGCUUUUCCUAGGUCCUUUGUGUAACGCUAAAGAUUGCUGGCAAAUUUAUGACAGAUUUUUUGAGUUAGACGCUUAUAGAACACUAGUUAAACAAGGACUUAAUACUUUAAGUUGGUCCUCUGACGCGUCGAAUAGAUUUUCUUCUGAUGAAUAUUAUAAUAUGGAAACAUCAGACAGCAAAACUAAUAAGUUUAACCUAUUCAAAUUUCCUAAAAACCUUGUAAUACCUAAAGGGUUAGAACAAGGUCUCAAUUUAACUCUUUUUAUUAUGGUAACACAAACUAAAAAGAAUUCGUAUGAUGAAGUGCCGCCUAUAAGCAAUUAUUACAACCAAGUUUCAAAUGAAGUUGAUAAGGAACCUUUAGGAUUCCCCUUCCAUAGACAAGUAACAGUUCAAGAUGAAUGUUUUGAAAACUGUAAAUUUUAUAAUUUAUCGAUUUAUCACGAAGCACGACCAGUUGAUUCUAGCGGUUACUUUUCAUCAAAUUUAUAUUAAGUACAUUAGCUUUUAGUAAUAGGUUCGACAAAAUUUGCAAAAUAAAAUACAAUUGUGAAUGAGACUCGGUUUCAUUCGGAUGCUGAAUAUCCUCAUAUAUAUUUCGGGUUCAAAUUAGGGCAAGGGUAAGGCCAUUUAUUUGUAUGAUGGGCACGGAUAUUUGUAUCUGAGUCAUGGAUGUUUUUUAUUUACCUAUUAGAGUAUUUUAUAUAAUAUUUAUUUGGUUGUAUCUCCUUGGAUUUUACGGGCCUAUAAAUCCCGGUAUGUUUUAUAGAAUUGCGUGGGAAUAUAGAUCCGACACGUAGAGGACCCUUGGAGAGCUUUAAUGGCAUGUAGAACGCCUGCUGGAACCUGUUCACAGGCGCAAAAAUAGAUACCCAUUAACCGGUCGUAGCAGGCAUUGGGACUAUUGUAAAAGAAGUGAACAAUGUCUUCACUAGUUAUUGAGGUAGGCGGUGACGCCGCCCACUAGAUGGGCCCCUAAAAGUGCCAUUGUGAAGACGACCAGGAGCAACACUGAUGUGAGCGCCUAGAGGUGGCGUGAGGUGUACGCUGCUUUUUACCAAGUGCAUGCCAACGCCAGACGCGUCUUAUGCAUGUUGCACUUCCACCCAUGGAGCAUAUAGCACUAACCUUUAACACUCCUUCCUGAACGGGCAAUGAAGGCAAGUCAGAGUUGAGCCUUGUGGGUCUCUAAGGAUCCAAUCCGAUCGACAAAGAUACGCUGGAGACGGAGAACCUGACCGACUCUCCCGGUCCGUGAGGUCAUUACUCCCCAACAGCUCGCCGCAAGCUGCGCUGCGGUUGCUCGCCAAAAGCUAUAUUUAUUUAUUUAUUAGUAUUAUAUGUGACAUAGUUUUACCCUCGUAUUGCUGUUAUGUAAAUCAAUUGGGUUACGUUUUUGUUAUUAGCAAGUAGCAAAAUAAAUAUAUUUUUAUAAUA